AUGGCGGACCAAACACAAAUAGCUGGAGCUACGACGCCAGACACAGAAGUCCCGGAUACCGGGCAACCGGCAGCGAUACCACAACCUCGGAAGCAAGCACGGCCGCGAGGCAAGCCUCAGCCUGAGAAGCCAAAGAGAAGUCUACUGUGCCUUGGCCUGAAAAACCCUUUAAGAAAAUUAUGCUAUGCCAUAGUGGAAUGGAAACCUUUCGAAUAUAUGAUAUUGACUACUAUCUUCGCGAACUGUAUAGCGCUAGCUGUCUUCACCCCCUAUCCUGCGGGGGACACAAACAACACGAACCUAAUAUUGGAAAAAGUCGAAUGGAUAUUCAUGGCAAUAUUCACAGGGGAGUGCGUUAUGAAGAUCAUCGCGUACGGUUUCCUGUUUCAUCCUGGUGCUUAUCUGAGGAAUACGUGGAACAGUCUCGAUUUCACGAUUGUCACUAUUGGAAUCCUCAGUCAAAUUCUUCAAUAUAUAUCUAAAGAUCUGUUCGAUGUGAAAGCGUUACGAGCCUUCAGAGUUCUGAGACCUUUGCGUUUGGUGUCAGGAGUACCAAGUCUCCAAAUCGUAUUGAACUCGAUCCUCAAAGCCAUGGUCCCGCUGUUCCACAUUGCGUUCCUCGUGCUGUUCGUCAUCAUCAUCUACGCUAUCAUUGGCUUGGAGCUGUUCUCUGGCGUCCUUCAUGACGCUUGCUUCUUUAAUGCUACCGGCAAAAUAGUCGAUGAUCCAACGGCUUGCUCGCGAGACCCAGACAUCGGCAACCAGUGCGAGGCGGGCCAGGUCUGCCACGACUAUUGGGAGGGACCGAACUUUGGCAUCACGAACUUUGACAACAUCGGCUAUUCAAUGCUCACUGUCUUCCAAUGUAUUACUUUAGAAGGUUGGACGGAUAUUAUGUAUGCUAUUGCAAAUGUUAAAGGGAACACAUGGGUGUGGAUCUACUUCGUGUCACUUGUAAUCUUUGGUAACUUCUUCGUCAUGAAUCUAAUUCUCGGUGUGUUGUCUGGAGAGUUUUCUAAAGAAAGAGAGAAGGCAAAAAACCGAGGUGACUUCCAGAAAUCUCGCGAGAGACAGCAGUUUGAAGAAGAUUUAAAGGGAUAUCUCAAUUGGAUAACCGUGGCAGAAGAAUUAGACUUGGAAAACGACCAAGGAAAGAAAGAAGAAGAUCAUGAAUCUCACGGAAACAAAAAAGAAGGAAGAAGUAACGAAGACUCUCAAAAUAACAUUAAUACAAACGGAGAGGUUCCUCCAACUACGUGUAAAAUAUAUUGUAAAAGAUUUGAUAAAGUAAAUCGUCGUAUGCGCAGAGCUUGUAGGAAAGCUGUCAAAUCUCAGACAUUCUACUGGGCCAUUAUUGUGUUGGUCUUUUUAAAUACUCUAGUCUUAGCGACGGAACAUUAUCGGCAACCAGAGUACCUCGACCACUUCCAGAACUACGCCAAUUAUCUUUUCGUCGUUCUGUUUACUUGUGAGAUGUUAGUGAAGAUGUAUGCAUUGGGCUUCCAAGGCUACUUCGUGUCGCUGUUCAACCGCUUCGACUGCUUCGUGAUGGUGUGCUCGCUGGUGGAGCUGGCGCUGACGUCGCAGGACGCCAUCCCGCAGCUCGGCAUCUCCGUGCUGCGCUGCGUGCGCCUGCUGCGCGUCUUCAAGGUCACCAAAUAUUGGCGAUCUCUUUCAAAUCUGGUGGGAUCAUUAUUGAAUUCAAUUCAGUCAAUCUUCUCCCUGUUGUUACUGCUGUUCCUAUUUAUUAUGAUAUUCGCGCUUCUGGGAAUGCAAGUAUUUGGAGGUCGCUUCGACUACGCUCCGGAGGCUGAAAAGGAAAGACACAACUUUGACUCCUUCUGGCAGGCUGUGUUGACCAUGUUUCAAAUAUUAACUGGCGAAGACUGGAACGUCGUUAUGUACCACGGAAUAAACGCAUAUGGUGGUGUUGGUACUCCUGGCAUGUUCGCCUCUCUGUACUUCAUCGUAAUCUUCAUUUGCGGUAACUAUAUUUUACUGAAUGUGUUCUUGGCUAUCGCUGUAGAUAAUUUAGGCGAUGCUGAGGAUAUGGAAGAAGAAAUUGUUAAGGAAAAAGAAGAAGCAGAAAACGCUGAAGCAGGUAAUCCACAGCUAGAUGAAGAGAGACCAGAAACUGAUGAUGAAUACGUUAACGAUGAAGAUGGGUAUUCCAGUGAAGGAUCUGAACGUGAAUACGAAGAAACAGGAUCUGAAGAAGAGAUCGAAGAGCAAGGACAGGAUGAAGGAGACAAUGCUAACAACGCGCUCGUAGCUCUUCCUUCAAAACAAAAUGGAGAUAUAAAGAAAGAAGAAACGCCUCCACCUAAGCGUCAGCCGACGAUAUCAGCGCGUCCGCGCCGCUUGUCGGAAGUGGAAAUCAAGACGCAAGAAAAACCAAUACCGGAAGGCUCCAGCUUUUUUAUAUUUUCAAAGACAAAUUGGUUCAGAGUCACCUGUUACAAGGUCCAAAACAACUCCUGGUUUAGAAAUUUGAUACUUCUUUGCAUUUUGGCAUCUUCUCUCAUGUUGGCUAUGGAAGACCCCGUAGGAGGGAAGGGUAAUGAGGCCCUAAAAAAAGUCGAUUAUUUCUUCACUUUAGUGUUUACUAUCGAACUUGUAUUAAAACUGAUUACAUACGGUUUCAUCUUCCAUAAAGACGCUUUCUGCAGAUCUGCUUUCAACUUGUUGGACUUGUUGGUUGUCAUCGUCUCUCUCAUAUCUUUAAGUGGAAUAAAUAACGUAUCUUUCAUUAAGAUAUUGAGAGUUUUCCGAGUUCUUAGACCGCUCAGAGCCAUCAACAGAGCAAAGGGAUUAAAGCACGUAGUUCAGUGCGUGAUUGUUGCUAUAAAAACUAUAGGCAACAUUUUGUUGGUGACCAAUCUUCUGCAAUUCAUGUUUGCGGUUAUGGGGGUGCAAAUGUUCAAGGGAAAAUUUUUCAUGUGUAGCGACAUAACGAAAGUAACUUCAACAGAAUGCCAAGGGUCAUAUAUUGUUUAUGAGAAUGGUAACGCAAAAGUCGAAGACAGGGUAUGGAAGAAGAAUAAAUUUAACUUUGACGAUGUCCUUAACGGGAUGCUGACAUUAUUCACCGUGUCUACAUUUGAAGGAUGGCCUGGUUUACUAUCCACAUCAAUGGAUUCUAAUAAAGAAGAUUAUGGACCCGUGGAAAAUUCUAGACCUCUAGUAGCGUUUUUCUAUAUAAGCUAUAUUAUUGUCAUCGCUUUCUUUAUGGUCAACAUUUUCGUAGGUUUUGUCAUCGUUACCUUUCAAAAGGAAGGAGAACAGGAAUUUAAAGAUUGUGAAUUAGAUAAAAAUCAGAGGAACUGUAUUGAGUUCGCAUUAAAGGCCAAGCCUAUUCGAAGAUACAUUCCAAAACAUAGAAUACAAUAUAAGACAUGGUGGUUCGUGACGUCACAGCGCUUCGAAUACGUCAUCUUCUUCUUCAUUGUCUUGAACACCAUCGCCCUCAUGAUGAAGUACCAUGGCGCUAAAGCUAGAUACAAACAGUUGCUCGAUUACCUCAAUAUGAUAUUGACAACAGUCUUCAUGUUAGAGUUUGUGUUCAAAUUGGCAGCGUUUAGAUUUAAGAACUACUUUGGAGAUGCUUGGAAUACAACGGACUUCAUAUUGGUAGUCGGUAGUAUUAUAGACAUAGUAGUGACGCAAGUUAACGAGAAUAAAACUUCAACUGAAGGCGGACUUUCAAAUGAAGGUAAAGAGGGUACUCAUCUCAAAUACAUAACCUUCUUCCGUCUAUUCCGAGCGAUGCGUCUCAUAAAGCUAUUAUCUCGAGGAGAACGAAUACGAACGUUGCUCUGGACUUUCAUCAAGUCCUUCCAAGCCCUGCCCUACGUCGCCUUGCUGAUCGUUCUGUUGUUCUUUAUCUACGCUGUUGUUGGUAUGCAGUUGUUCGGUAAAGUCAAAGAAGAUGAUGAGGUUAUAACAGCGAACAACAACUUCCAAACUUUCGGUGGAGCUUUGAUGGUGCUCUUCAGAUCAGCUACAGGCGAGGCGUGGCAGGAGAUAAUGAUGGCUCUGUCCACGAACGACGACGAGACGGGCGUGCAGCCCGGCUGCAUCGCGGCCGACGGCGACGACAGCGAGGAGGUGUGCGGCACGCGCCUCGCCUUCCCCUACUUCAUCUCCUUCUCGCUGCUCUGCACUUUCCUGAUUAUCAAUUUGUUCGUGGCUGUUAUCAUGGACAACUUCGACUAUCUGACGCGAGAUUGGUCUAUCCUCGGGCCUCAUCACUUAGACGAGUUUGUCAGGUUAUGGAGUGAAUACGACCCAGAUGCCAAAGGAAGAAUAAAGCACUUAGACGUCGUAACGUUGCUGAGAAAAAUAAGUCCACCUCUUGGUUUCGGCAAACUCUGUCCCCAUCGAACGGCCUGCAAGAGACUCGUGUCAAUGAACAUGCCUCUAAAUUCCGACGGAACAGUCAACUUCAACGCCACACUCUUCGCUGUCGUCAGAACACAGUUGCAGAUCAAAACUACAGGAGUCAUCGACGAGUGCAACACAGAACUUCGAGCGAUCAUCAAGAAAGUCUGGAAAAGGACGUCUCCUAAACUCCUCGAUCAGGUGGUGCCUCCCCCCGGGGACCCCAACGAGAUCACCGUCGGCAAGUUCUACGCCACCUUCCUUAUUCAGGAUUACUUUAGAAGGAACCAUGCAUUCCGUAAACGCAAGGAGCAAGCGGCAGCCGCGUCUAUGCAAAACAAUCAGAUGACCUUGCAAGCUGGUCUGCGGACCCUUCAUGAAGCUGGACCAGAACUGAAAAGGGCGAUAUCCGGUAACUUGGAUGAAGUUGUCGCUGAAGCUGUGGAACCUAUGCACAGGCGUAACCACACCCUGUUCGGUGCUGUUUGGACAAGUAUCAAGAAAGGUAGAGACAACUUCUACCGUCCACCGUCUCACAAACCAAAGUCACUAAAUGGUACCAGAGACGGUCAAUCUCUCAGUUGGAUGAUGCAGCGUGAGCUGGGCAUGGACGGGAAGAUGCCUGAAGAUGAAAAUAAAUACGAGGACGGUAAUCAAAGCGAAGGAGAAGAGGAGAUCGCGAUGCAGCCUCUCCUCCACGGCAAGGACUCUGAGAAGAUAUUCAAAGCUAUAGAAAAAACGUCCAACGAUUUAAUGCAGAGUAUGAGAAACAACUAUCGUGACAGAGCGCCAAGACAGAACAACGAUGUGCCUUAUUGUGUAGAGAAUCCAGCGGAGAACCUUAUUACCCGUGUCCUUACGGAGCAGGGUCUGGGCAAAUAUUGUGACAAAGAGUUCAUCCAAAGUACCUCGCGUGAGAUGCAGGAGGCACUCGACCUCACUCAGGAGGAGAUGGACACAGCCGCUAAUCAAAUUAUUUUACAAGAAAGAAUAAUGAACAGAUACCAAAGACCUGACAACGUGGAGAAUAUACUGUCGCGUCAGUAUCACCCAUUCCACCAGCCUGCGAUCCAACCUCCUCCUAGAAAGAAAUAA